GUUGGGGGACAAAUUAAGUUAAUUAAUUACUGAAAAUUGUGGUAAAAUGAUGGAUGAACAACUCAUUGAUGAAGUUGCUCAACAUGGAGUCAUCUACAAUCGCCAGAAGUAUUACUUGAACGGCAGCACAACCGGCGGCAAGUACGAGACAAAGGAUGAGGCCUGGCAAUUAAUUGCUAUAAAAUUGCGUACAGAUGUUGAAACCUGUAAGAAGCGGUGGAAAUAUCUGCGGGAACGGUAUGUGUCGCAGCGAAAACAAGGGGAUCCACCUGUUUAUGAACAUCUUUCGCGACCGUAUCUGGAGAAAAUGAAAUUUCUCGACCAACAUAUACAACCCAGGAAGUCGUAUCGCAGUGUACCGAGCUUCCUAACGUCCCCACAGUCGGCAAACAGUUCCAACUACAGUGAAUACAAUGUGGACUCGAAGUCCAACAGUUCCAUAAAAAACAUGUCGCAUUUUGGCAGCGCCACGCAAAGCCAUCACUACCACCAGCCCGAUCAGCAGCAUGCAAUGAAUGCUUUGAGCAAUGUAGCCGCGUCGGCGUUGGAAAAUGUUAAUGGACAGGUGAAAAUCGAGGCCGAUCAGGUCUUUAGAGAUUUUGCUGCUGCUGUAGCAUCACAGCAAUUGCAACAAAUAUCGCACUCUCAAAUGCAGCAGAAUCAUGCAGCGGCGGUGGCAGCAGUAAUGGCAGAUUCAUCACAAGGAUACCAGGAUCAGUACCGUGACGGUACCGUUGGCGUGGGUGUAGCACAAAAUAGUUCCGGUAGCACAGGCGGCCUCACAUCUACAUCUUCAUCUAUGAAAUCGCCGCUAUCAUCGCCUUUGGCAGGCAUUGCUGGCCCUCAACAGUCAUCGACAACAAAUCAACAGGCACCAGUACAUUCCUCAUCUAGUGUGGCAGGUUCCACAAGCACUAGUACUAAUGCUAAUCAAAUGCAAAACAAUACCUAUGGUGAUAAGAGCAAUGAUGAUCUGGAUUCGUCCACGUCCAGCAAUUAUCACAUGAAGAAGCCACGCGUGCAGCUGAACACGAAUGGCAGCAAUCACACGCAGCACUCGACCAAUGGCAGUAUGGUAAAUGUGAAUGCGCCAAACAGCAACUUUGUUAAUGAGACUGAUGAAGAUUCCGAUGAUAAUAGCAACGAUCUGCUCGAGCCGCAAACCAUAUUGCAGCAUGAUAAUCACUACAAUUCAAUGAACAUGCAGCGCAACAGUGGAAAUGGAAAUAAUAAUAACAAUAAUAAUCAUCAGCAGCAGCAGCACCAGAACAUGUUUCCAUCGAAUACGGAUUUCCUCUUCCAGCUUUAUCAACAGCUGCCACAACAAGCUAGCACGUCUCACCCGUCAAACUUUAGUAAGUUCCAGACCCCACCGAACCCGCCGAGUGUUCAACGUUCGUCAGAGCAUUUACUGGGCGAAUUGGUGACAACAGAGUUACUAAAAAUGAGCAAAGAUCGCAGAAAAAAUGUUCAGAAACGAAUAUUAGAAAUCCUUUUUUUCGAUGACUAAAGUAUCAUUCCAAUCAUGAGCAGUCAUAAGUUUUUAAGGCUAAAGAGUGCGAUGUAGUCCUGAUUUACCUAUUCGUAACUGGCUAUCGUUUAGGAGAUCAUUUAAGCUCUAUCCCACCAAGGCAUUUAAAAAGUUCUAUUCUUAUUAUUUAUAUCGUUUGAGUUAUUUUUAUUUUUGCUAGUCAUCAUAUAAGUUUUUCAUAUUUUCAUCAGUGAGGUUAAACGUAAUUGUUUA